UAACAUGAUAUGAACUGCAUGAAAGUCCAGAGUGAAGCCACUUCCAGCAAGGUUAUUCCCAUGGAUAAACCUCAGUCCUGACUUGUAUAAGUGCAAACCGAAUCCUGGCCUUUGUUUCCAUGCACCAUUGACAAUCAUCAUUUAUACAAUUUAUAAUGAAGGGAGACAUACAUUGCGUCGUAUGUGGCCUUGUGGUCGAGAAGCAAACGUGCGGGAGUUCAAAAAUGCGUCACGUUGACCCGGCAGAACUGGAAAAAACGCUGCCCACAGAGACUAUCUGGAGGGAGUUUUAUCGCCUCAGUGAGUCUGAAAAAGCUAGGUUAUCCUACUACAUCUCUAACUACGCCGUACAGUCAUGUAUGAUUCAGCCGAGCAGCGAUACAAGCUCUCUGGGAUUGGACAGAGGUUAGAGGACGAAUAUUUCUAUCCCCCUCGCGACUCGGGAAAGGCUGUGAUUGGGAAGCCAACGGGGAUGGAGACAGAUCUCGCUCGAGUGCACCGCAACCUCCUUGUCUGGUGGUUCUGGGAUGUUAGUCCCAAGCCCGACUGGCAAGAGAUCGCCGUUCUUAUCCACAUGCGCUGUUGGGUUCUUGUUCAACAGGUCAUUGGACCCAAAGUCCACGACCAUCUCGGACUCUUCCUGGCCAUCACCCUGAUGAAAGCCUGCGCCUUGAAUUAUGGGAAUGUGUGGUUGGACCAUACUCAAGGUAAGUUCCCAUUGCACUAUAUGCCCGCGAGUAUACGCCUAAUCCAUGGCAAACAGAUCCAUCGAGAACACCGGUACUUGAAGGGCUGGUCCAGGAGAGCAAGGCAAUAGGACGUCAGGACCCCUCAAACUAUCGCAGUCUGCGGAAAAGAUCCAACACUCCAAAGCUUUCAAGGCUGUCAUAUUUACCCUGCGAUAUUCUGUAUCUCAUCCUUGAUUUUAUUGGCCACUGGGACUGCAUCUGUCUGCAAAGUGCGAUCCAAGUGCCCGUCGGCAAUGAGUACUGGCGUCAACGUACCGCCCGAUCACUACUGUUUGGGAUAGACAAGAUCAUUGAGGAUAGCAAUGACCUCGAUUGGCGUUAUAUAUGCCUGAAACUCGAGAGACUUUAUGCUUCUUCGAUAAGAUUUGAGGCUCGACGAAGGGUUCUGGGCGUGUUGAAAGAUGUAAAGACAGUCCUUUCCCGAGAGUUGAAGAAGGAAGAACCGCUGCGAAUGGAAGAUGUGAUCAGAAAGAUACAUAAUUCAUGGUCUCCAUAUGACCUUGAACGGCACAUAUGGCUGGGUCGGAGGAUAAGGAUGCUGUCUGAUUGUAGAUUAUUC